ACCUCUUACCCGAACCCCAAACAACGUGUUUACAUCAUACCAUUCUCCAGACCAUGCAACGCGCCGCCGCAUCGCGAAAGUCGAAGAAAUUGUUGAAUUUUCUUCAUCUACGAGCGCCUUUUUGUUCGCGACGCGCUCACUUUCACUUUCACUUACAAGGCCGCCUGUCUUCCAACUCGCGACGAAGCGCAGAAUAGCCCAUCACCAUAAGCCAUCACUAGACAGCUGUCACAAUGCCGUUCGUGGAUGACUACAUGGAGGAUGCUCCUCUCCAAUUGAUCCAAAGCGACUUGCAAGAGUCUGUUGAGGCUUCAUACUCAAGAGAGAGCUCAAUCGCUCUCGAUUUCGCCGGUGGUGCUGGCCCGACUGUGGUCAACCUUCAUGAAGAAGAGGAUCUCAUCAUAAACGAGCAGUUCAACAUGCCGCCCGCCCUUCCAGAAGCCGAUAUGGGCUUGGGUGCCGGUCUUUUCGAUGAUAAACUCGCGCCUUCCUCGUCGAAAAAGCGGGGCCGCCCUUUGAGAUCCUCUACUGGGACUUCUUCCGAGACGCCCGCCAAGUCAACACCGGCUGCGAAGACUCCUCGUUCAACCAAGAGCGUUGGCAAGUCUUCUGCUACGCCCAAAUCUGCUAAGAACAGUGCGGGUCCUAAGAGCGCCAGCCGCAGCACAGGCCGCAAGCGCAAGGCUGAAGAGAUCGAGACCGAGGCCGAGGAGACGUCUCCUGAAGCUGAAGCUGAAGUUGAAGCGACACCAGCGGCAAAGCGUGGUCGUGCCGGAAGGCCUGCCCGUACUGCAGGCAAGGCCGCCAGUGCGCGACUCUCACUUAAGGCUGCUAAGAAGCCUACUCGUGGUCGUCCCAAGGGACCCACUGCCACCGCUAAGCCCAAGAACAAGGGCGGUCGUCCCAAGAAGGACACAUCUGUUAAUGGCGUCGCCUCUGAAGAGGUUUACGAAGUCGAAGCCAUCCGUGACUCGGGAAUCGACGACAAGACCAAGGCUCACAAGUUCCUCGUUAAGUGGAAGGGCUAUCCCGAAAGUGAAAACACCUGGGAGCCCAGGUCUAACCUCAAGGGAGCCGAAGAAUUAGUCCGUGAGUUUGAGAAGAGCCAAAAGAAGACCAAGGCUGCGGAUGCUGCCGUCAAGGUAUCAGCGCCCAAGAAGGAGAAGGCGGAGAAGCCAGCAGCCGAAAAGAAGGCGGCCCCUGCUAAGGGUAGGGGCAAGGCGAAGGCCGUAAAGAAGGUUGCGCCGGCAAAAAAGCCCGUUGGGCGGCCGGGGAGGAGGGGGAGAUCUGCCAAGGCAUAGUCGAUAUGGCGUUGGGUUGUCUCACAGUUUGUAAAAGGGUGGGUGGGUAGGUUGUUUAGUUUUGCGAUGGGAAUCUGGUUGCUGUUUGUUUUUCGCUUUCGUGUCGUUAUUUUUAUUUCUUUCUCGCGGUUCCUGCAAUGGAGGUCAUUGUUAUAUUGGCUCAUCAGGCACACACAAAAGCCAUCUUUGCGUCGAAUAGUUCUCCGGACGGUUGUCACGUGGAAGCGGUUUAGCUAGGGCUUAUGUAUGGCUGGCAUGUAUCACUGUUACAUAUAAUAUCUCGUGUGUAUACCCUGAUAGCUAUCUUUACUGUUGCCCUCUGAGUGCCAGGAGUUCUCUCCUA